UUGAUAAACCACACCUCUCUUCUAUAAACUCUAGAGCUAGCUAAGUAAAACUUCUUAGUUAGAGAAUUUAAUCAAUGGCUCCUUCCAUGAUUAGUUUAGCUUUAUUUGUCCUCCUCGUAGUGGGGAGUGCCAAUGCACAACUUUCUACAAACUUUUACUCAAAAUCUUGUCCCAAACUCUCUUCCACGGUGAAAUCCACAGUACAAUCCGCUAUAUCCAAGGAAACUCGGAUGGGUGCUUCCAUCCUCCGUUUGUUCUUUCACGAUUGCUUUGUUAAUGGAUGUGAUGGGUCAAUUCUACUCGAUGACACGUCAAGCUUUACUGGAGAGAAGAAUGCAAACCCAAAUAGAAACUCCGCUCGGGGAUUCGAAGUAAUUGACAACAUAAAGACAGCCGUAGAGAAUGCAUGUCCCGGAGUUGUAUCUUGUGCUGACAUCCUUGCCAUUGCUGCAGCCGACUCUGUUGCGAUUCUUGGAGGCCCAACUUGGAAUGUAAAACUUGGAAGAAGAGAUGCUAAGACAGCUAGUCAAUCUGCUGCUAACACCAAUAUUCCGGCACCAACUUCCAACCUCAAUACACUUACCUCAAUGUUUAGUGCCGUUGGUCUUUCUACCAAGGACUUAGUUGCAUUGUCAGGAGCUCACACAAUUGGACAAGCAAGGUGCACAAAUUUUAGGGCACGAAUCUAUAACGAGACCAACAUAGAUACUUCAUUUGCUACCACAAGAAAAUCAAAAUGUCCAAAGGCAUCAGGGUCAGGGGAUAACAAUUUGGCACCCCUAGAUCUUCAGACUCCAACUUCCUUCGACAAUAACUACUUCAAGAACCUUGUUAAUAAAAAGGGUCUUCUUCAUUCUGACCAACAACUUUUUAAUGGUGGCUCCACCAACUCCAUAGUGAGUGGCUACGGUACUAAUCCAAAAUCUUUUUCUUCUGAUUUUGCCGCUGCUAUGAUCAAGAUGGGAGACAUUAAACCUCUCACUGGAUCCAAUGGAGAGAUCAGGAAGAAUUGUAGAAAAACCAACUAAUAUUUAAGAUCCUAGGUGUUUACACAUGCCAAAUUGUGCUUUAGAUAUAUGUGCGCACAAUAAUUAGUUGUUAAACAUUAUCUGUUUUUAUUCCGUGUAAGUUUAUCAUUUUUUAACAAGUGAUGAAUUAAAUAUGAAUAUUUAACUUCUUGA